UUCUCUUCCAGGCUGCUGAAUCAGGAAUAAUAAAAGUAAAAACAAUAGCUGCACGGAACAGUGAUAUUUUGGCAGCAUUGAAAGAGAACAGCUCAGAGGUAGUUCAGCCUUUUCUAAUGGGUUGUGGAACAAAGGAACCAAAGAUCACUCAGCUGUGUCUAGCAGCCAUACAGAGGCUCAUGUCCCAUGAAGUUGUUUCAGAGGCUGCAGCAGGAAACAUUAUUAAUAUGCUUUGGCAACUGAUGGAAAAUAGUCUUGAAGAACUUAAAUUGCUUCAGACAGUUCUUGUACUUUUAACAACUAAUACAGUUGUGCAUGAUGAAGCACUGUCCAAGGCAAUUGUACUUUGUUUUCGAUUACACUUCACAAAAGAUAAUAUCACAAAUAACACUGCGGCAGCUACAGUGCGGCAGGUAGUUACUGUUGUAUUUGAGAGAGUGGUUGCUGAAGAUGAGCGAUACAAAGAUAUUAUUGACCAGCCAGUUGCAGUUCAAGGAAAUAGUAACAGAAGAUCUGUCAGUACACUGAAGCCAUGUGCUAAAGAUGCAUACAUGCUUUUUCAGGAUCUUUGUCAGUUAGUUAAUGCUGAUGCUCCGUACUGGCUCGUCGGUAUGACAGAAAUGACCCGGACAUUUGGCCUUGAACUUCUUGAGUCAGUCCUCAAUGACUUUCCACAAGUGUUUUUACAACAUCAGGAAUUCAGUUUUCUUCUUAAAGAAAGAGUAUGCCCUCUUGUUAUAAAGCUCUUCUCCCCAAAUAUCAAGUUUAGGCAAGGUUCCAGCACAUCAUCUUCCCCAGCACCAGUGGAAAAACCAUACUUCCCCAUCUGCAUGCGUUUGCUGAGAGUAGUUUCUGUUUUGAUUAAGCAGUUUUACAGUUUGCUGGUAACAGAAUGUGAAAUCUUUCUGUCAUUGCUGGUUAAGUUUCUGGAUGCAGACAAACCACAGUGGCUAAGAGCUGUUGCAGUAGAAUCUAUUCACAGGCUUUGUGUGCAGCCUCAGCUAUUAAGGUCCUUUUGUCAAUCGUAUGAUAUGAAGCAACAUUCCACUAAAGUUUUCCGUGAUAUUGUGAAUGCGCUGGGGUCCUUCAUCCAGUCACUGUUUCUUGUACCAAGCACAGGGAACACAUCAGCGACGCCAAGCCAAACAGGAAGUAAUGCAUCGGGGAAUACUGUCUCAGCACAGACUAACCCAGGAGUGCUUGGAAUGGGAGGAGGUGCAACUGUAUUACCUGCCUUUGAGUACAGAGGCACUUGGAUACCUAUCCUGAAUGUAACAGUACAAGGCAGUGCUAAAGCUACCUAUUUGGAAAUGCUGGACAAAGUAGAGCCACCUACGAUUCCUGAAGGCUAUGCCAUGUCGGUGGCAUUUCACUGCUUACUGGAUCUUGUCCGUGGUAUCACUACCAUGAUUGAAGGAGAGUUGGGAGAGGCAGAAAUAGGCAGUCAAACCACAACAGAGACAACUUCAUUGCCAGCACAGUCUUCAGAGCAGCAAGACUUGCAGUCUGUAUCUGACCAAUCAGAGAAAGAACUAGUUAGCAGAGCUGUCUGGGAAGAAAUGGUGAAUGCUUGUUGGUGUGGUCUUCUGGCUGCUUUAUCCCUCCUACUUGAUGCAAGCACUGAUGAAGCUGCCACUGAAAAUAUUCUAAAAGCAGAAUUGACCAUGGCUGCACUUUGUGGAAGACUGGGUCUUGUAACGUCAAGAGAUGCCUUUAUCACUGCCAUAUGCAAAGGAUCCUUGCCUCCUCACUAUGCCCUUACAGUAUUAAACAGCACAACUGCAGCUCUGUCCAGCAAAUCAUAUUCAAUUCAGGGACAGAAUGUUCAAAUGAUCAGUCCCUCAAGCGAGUCUCAUCAGCAAGUUGUAGCAGUAGGGCAACCCUUAGCUCUUCAGCCCCAGGGAACAGUAAUGCUGACUUCAAAAAAUAUCCAGUGUAUGAGAACAUUACUCAACUUGGCUCACUGCCACGGAGCCGUUCUUGGUACAUCAUGGCAACUUGUCCUGGCUACUCUUCAGCAUCUUGUGUGGAUUCUGGGACUGAAGCCUGGUGUUGGGGGUGCAUUAAAACCUGGAAGAGCUGUUGAAGGGCCUAGCACAGUUCUGACUACAGCAGUUAUGACUGAUCUGCCAGUUAUAUCCAACAUACUUUCAAGGCUUUUUGAAAGCUCACAGUACCUUGACGAUGUGUCUUUACAUCACUUAAUAAACGCUCUUUGCUCCUUGUCUCUGGAAGCCAUGGAUAUGGCCUAUGGAAACAAUAAGGAACCAUCGCUUUUUGCUGUUGCUAAAUUACUGGAAACGGGACUAGUUAACAUGCACAGGAUUGAGAUUCUUUGGAGACCUCUGACCGGUCAUCUUCUGGAGGUCUGUCAGCAUCCAAACUCCAGAAUGAGAGAAUGGGGAGCAGAAGCUUUAACUUCUCUUAUUAAAGCAGGACUGACGUUCAGCCAUGAUCCUCCGUUAUCUCAAAAUCAGAGACUGCAGUUGCUUUUAUUGAAUCCACUAAAGGAACUGUCAAACAUUAGUCAUCCUGAUAUCAGGAUCAAGCAGUUGGAAUGUGUGCUACAGAUUUUGCAAAGUCAGGGUGACAGCUUGGGACCUGGUUGGCCGUUGGUGCUCGGAGUCAUGGGGGCAAUCCGAAGUGAUCAGGGAGAGUCCUUAAUACGGACUGCGUUCCAGUGUCUUCAGUUGGUUGUGACAGACUUUCUUCCAACAAUGCCAUGUACUUGUCUGCAGAUAGUUGUUGAAGUUGCAGGAAGCUUUGGACUUCACAACCAAGAGCUAAAUAUUAGCUUAACUUCAAUUGGUUUGUUGGUGAGUUUUAUAUUAACUUACA